UUCGUUUUUUGAUGUCAGAGUGAAAAACGUUCUGGUCCAAGUGUUAGUUGGUGGCCUCGGGUGUGGCCACAGUCUUCAAAUAGAUCUAGACGACGGCGGCACUUUUCAUUCGAACCCUUGCUGCCAUCGUCACAUGAAAGCCCUAGCAAACACUCUCCCAAAAAUGAAGAAGAGGCCAUCUCGGACCAGCAACACCACCGCAAACGAAACUUCUCAAAACCUCUCAGUCUCCUCCAAAAUUCCAUUUCGUGCCCGAAAAAUCCGAAAACUUAGCACCCACACCCCUCCUAUCAACAAUCCUCAUAAUUCCCCCAAAAUUGUUAAGCCACUAACAUUCAAUGGCGAAAUCGACCUCGCUCUGCAAUAUCUACGCGGCUCAGAUCCUCUUCUAGCAACCCUCAUAGACACACACCGUGCACCCUCAUUCGAGUCUGGUGGAACGCCGUUUUUGUCUCUCGUCAAAAGCAUACUUUAUCAGCAACUGGCGUCCAAAGCUGCAAAAUCAAUCUACGAUCGUUUCCUCUCCCUGGUUGGCGGCGAAGAUAAGGUCCUCGCCGACGCUGUUUUAUCAAUCUCAGCUCAACGGCUUCGUGAAACGGGAGUUUCGUUUCGAAAAGCGAGCUACAUUCAUGACUUAGCAGACAAAUACGUAAGGGGGGUUUUAUCGGAUGAUUCGAUUCUUGAAAUGGACGAUGAGAUGCUUUUCAAAAUGUUGACGUGUGUGAAGGGUAUUGGCCCUUGGUCUGUACACAUGUUUAUGAUAUUUUCACUGCACAAACCGGAUGUUUUGCCGGUGGGUGAUUUGGGAGUGAGAAAAGGCGUGCAAGCUUUGUAUGGAUUAAAAGAGUUGCCGGGGGCUUUGAAAAUGGAAGAGGUUUGUGAGAAGUGGAAGCCUUACAGAUCUGUUGGGGCUUGGUACAUGUGGAGAUUAAUGGAAGCCAAAGGACCUUCACCAAAUGUGGUUGCAGGGGAAAAUAUUGUUGAAGCACCAUAGAUUAUUGAUUUGGCAUUGUAGAACUCUGGCUAUAUGUAAUAUGUAUAAUAAUUGUGGUUUGAAUUACACCCAAUUUCUGAUUUCCUCUGCCAUGUACUAGUUCAUGAAGAAUCAACAAGGGAUGAAAUCAUAAUUUUAUUAUCAGCUGCCUGCGUAAUUCACGACCACGAUAUGCCCAUUUAGCAGAAAAGAUAAACCAAACCAGCCAGGCGUCCAUUUUCAUACAAUACAGUCGCCGCUUCAUUACACUUCUACAUCAAUUAUUUUAGACUGCUUCCAUAUUGUUAUAUUUGAUGGCUCAUCGGUCUUAUUGCGGGAGGGAUGAUAGCUAGAGUUAUGCUUGUUCCCACCCAAUGAGAACCCAA